GUGGAAUCAGGAGAGGGAGCGUGGAGGACGUGUGGUUGCUCAAAGAAGUGGGAAGAAUUUUGCAAUCGGCCUCAGCUAGAAGGCUUGGGUAAAAGGAGGAGGAGCCAGGAGGGAACAGACCCAGGAGUUUCGGCCUAAAAAGUGACGUCUAAUCCCCACAAGGAGAGUUUGCAUAUUUAUGAGGAACCACCGAGAUCUUUGGAGGAUCUGGUAGUCUAGAGGGGCUAGAACGCCUCGUUCUUAGCGCGCUUCCGUUUCCGUUAGGAUAUUGGCGGUUGGUGAGCAUCAUGGCAACAGUGACGGCCACCACCAAGGUCCCAGAGAUCCGCGAUGUGACGAGGAUCGAGCGCAUUGCCUUCCAGGUUAGUCCUGACCGACCCCGUGGUUCACCAGGCCCAGGGACUCCGGUCCAGCUCUGAGGGAUUCUGAGAAGAGCCCCUCUCCUUCACUGAGCAUUUCACAAGCCCUGCCAUCCCUCCAGUGAGGAGCUCACUCCCACAUCCGGGGACUGGGGCUGGAUGACGCCUUGGAGCCUCGGCAGGCCUCCCAGGGCAUGGUCGGUCAGCUGGCGGCCCGGCGAGCAGCUGGCGUGGUGCUAGAGAUGAUCCGGGAAGGGAAGAUCGCUGGGCGGGCGGUGCUCAUCGCCGGCCAGCCUGGUACUGGGAAGACAGCCAUCGCCAUGGGCAUGGCGCAGGCCCUGGGCCCCGACACCCCGUUCACAGCCAUCGCGGGCAGCGAGAUCUUCUCCUUGGAGAUGAGCAAGACGGAAGCGCUAACGCAGGCCUUCCGCAGGUCCAUCGGCGUUCGCAUCAAGGAGGAGACGGAGAUCAUCGAAGGGGAGGUGGUGGAGAUCCAGAUCGAUCGGCCAGCCACAGGGACGGGCUCCAAGGUGGGCAAGCUGACCCUCAAGACCACAGAGAUGGAGACCAUAUACGACUUGGGCACCAAGAUGAUCGAGUCCCUGACCAAGGACAAGGUCCAGGCCGGGGACGUGAUCACCAUCGACAAGGCCACGGGCAAGAUCUCUAAACUCGGCCGUUCCUUCACCCGCGCCCGAGACUAUGACGCCAUGGGCUCUCAGACCAAGUUCGUGCAGUGCCCAGAUGGGGAGCUGCAGAAGCGCAAGGAGGUGGUGCACACCGUGUCCCUGCACGAGAUCGACGUCAUCAACUCCCGCACCCAGGGCUUCCUGGCCCUCUUCUCGGGCGACACAGGGGAGAUCAAGUCAGAAGUCCGAGAGCAGAUAAAUGCCAAGGUGGCCGAGUGGCGCGAGGAGGGCAAGGCGGAGAUCAUACCUGGAGUGCUGUUCAUUGACGAGGUCCACAUGCUGGAUAUCGAGAGCUUCUCCUUCCUCAACCGGGCCCUGGAGAGUGACAUGGCGCCUGUCCUCAUCAUGGCCACCAACCGCGGCAUCACCCGCAUCCGGGGAACCAGCUACCAGAGCCCCCACGGCAUCCCCAUCGACCUGCUGGACCGACUGCUGAUCGUCUCCACCUCUCCCUACAGCGAGAAGGACACGAAGCAGAUCCUCCGCAUCCGGUGCGAGGAGGAGGACGUGGAGAUGAGUGAGGACGCCUACACAGUGCUGACCCGUAUCGGGCUGGAGACCUCCCUGCGCUACGCCAUCCAGCUCAUCACGGCCGCCAGCCUGGUGUGCCGGAAACGCAAGGGCACGGAGGUGCAGGUAGACGACAUCAAGCGAGUCUACUCGCUCUUCCUGGAUGAGUCGCGCUCCACGCAGUACAUGAAGGAGUACCAGGACGCCUUCCUCUUCAACGAGCUCAAAGGCGAGACCAUGGACACCUCCUGAGCUGAGCUCCCCUCCCACCUCACCCCUCCUCCCCGUUUUCUACCAGAGUUCUGACACUGUGACUUUGUAUAAAAUUAUUCUGAAACUGG